AUGAUCAAGAAAAUCAGUAUUUCUUCGACAGAAUCAACUCAUCAAGAAACCUUUUGGAAUGAAGUUUUAGUGGAAAAUGGUUGGAAUGAAAUUUAUCAAACUAAUGAAGAUUUAAAACAAAAAAUCAAUCAAAUGAUCUCAUUAAGAUUAUUAGAAUCUUAUUUACCAAUCUCAUUAUACAAAGAGCUACAAAACGAUUAUGAUUUUGAAGAAAUAGAAAAAACACUCAAAUCAAUCAAAGAUUCAAAACAAGAAUCAUCAAAUACAAACUUUAAUGAAUUUAUUGGAUUAAAACCUAAUUCUAAACCUACUACUUCAACUACAACUACUAAAAAGAAAAAGGUUUCAAGUAAUGAAAAUCAACCUAAAUUAACUGGAAUGAAAACUUUAAGUUCAUUUUGGAAACCAAGCUCGAGUAGUAGUAAAGAUACAUCAAAAAAACAAGAUGAAGCAUCGAAAUAA